UUCUGUGAGCAGGAGGACCGACCAAGCGCCCUCCAAAAACUUCACACAACUUUUGCCAACGCGCUUGUGACUGGGCGAGCGGCAAUUUUUCUUCUUCUUACUUUAAAGCGAGGGGAUAUGUUAAAACGGGGAGAACAGAGCAGAACAGACAGCUUUAUGGAGCAAUGACAUAUUAAAUUCUGACCCUCUGGAGGAGGCUGUAGUAGGAUGCCAAUCCCCCGCGAGUCCAGUGCUGUGGCGCCCCCUGCCGUGUGAGCGAGGGAAAAGAAACAAGGCUGGAGGGGCUCGAGGCAAGAUGGGCAACGCGCCGGAAGAAGGGAUGAACAUGGUGAUCGUGGCCCACUACAACAACUCGGGCAAGUGGGAGCGGGCCCGGGGCGGCAGCCCGUGCAAGACGGCCGUGCUGCUCCUCAUCUGCGUGCUCAUCGUCCUGGAGAACCUGACGGUGCUGCUGGCCCUUUGGAGGAACAAGCGCUUCCACAGCCGCAUGUACUUCCUGAUCGGCAACCUGGCGCUGUCCGACCUGCUGGCCGGCGUGGCGUACGUGGUGAACAUCUUCACCUCGGGGAGCAGGACCUACUUCCUGACGCCGGCGCAGUGGCUGGCCCGGGAAGGGAGCAUGUUCGUGGCCCUCAGCGCGUCCACCUUCAGCCUGCUGGCCAUCGGGAUCGAGCGGCACAUGACCAUGGUGCGCCUGCGCCCGUGCGAGACGGCGAGCCGCGGCCGCCUCCUGGGCCUGCUGGCGGCCUGCUGGCUCGUGUCGGUGCUGCUCAGCGCCCUGCCCAGCCUCGGCUGGAACUGCUUGGACGACCUGGACUCGUGCUCCACCGUGCUCCCGCUGUACGCCAAGAGCUAUGUGGCGUUUUGCAUUAGCGUCUUCAGCGCCCUGCUGGUGGCCAUCGUCAUCCUCUACAUCCGGAUCUACCGCCUGGUGACGUCCAGCGGGCGCAGGGUGAGCAGCCGGCCUUCCGAGUGUUCCCUGGCCUUGCUGAGGACCGUGGUGAUUGUUCUCGGGGUGUUCGUGGUGUGUUGGGCGCCCCUCUUCCUGCUCCUGCUGCUGGAUGUGGGAUGCAGCCCCGACGGGUGCCCCGUUCUCUACGAGGUGGACUGGUUCAUCGCCCUGGCCGUGCUCAACUCGGCCCUCAACCCUCUCAUCUACACGCUGUCCAGCAGGGAGAUGAGGGCCGCCUUCUUCCGUCUGCUCUGCUGCUGCCAGAGCGGCGCGGAGUCCAGCGGGACGCCCGCGGCGGGUAACCCCAACCUAGGCACGGCGGGGCCCACGGGGGAGAACAGCAAGAGCAGCAUGGGGGGAGGAGGAGGAGGGCUAGGAAAGGCCGUCUUGACCAGAGGGGUGAACUCGGACGUGAAGCACGGGGAUCCCUGCGCCACCGCGCUGCCUCACCCGGCCGGGCCCGCCGAGUUGCUGUCGGCCGUGCUGGUGAAGGCGGGGGCCCUCAGCAAGUUCUGACGGGAAGCACCUUGAGAGAGGCCACAACAUUAGCUACACCUGCACUCACCAACAUUUCUAGAGCCUCGGCACAUAGCGCAUUUCACGUGACAAAAAGCUCACAGCAGACCACCCAACAACAAAAGAGAAACCUCCACUAAUCCGACCUACGAUCGACGCACAGUUUAAACCAAAACCCCCAAAACUCUUGGAUAUCAUUUUAAUCUCAUUUUAACACACUUACGUGGCUUACAGAUGUAAAAUAAAAACACGCCACAGCGUGAGUGUGCAUGCACCGAAGAGUCUCCUACCUUCCACCGACAACCCAGGCUAAAUUCUGCUGCUCGGCUACAUAGAAAACUUGACUUCCAGCGCACUUCCUUGAGACCAGCUCAUAUUUAGACAGCGUUUUGGCAAUAGGCGAGUUUUUCAGUGAAUAACAGAAGUCACAUUUUUAAAAAACAUAAAAAUAUGAAUUCUUGAAAAGGCAUCAAAUGAAAAGCAUAUCAGGCCCACCCAACAAUGUCCUUCAUUUUUUUUGCUCAUUGGAUUUGUUCUUUUCAUUUUGUCAGAUUGCCAAAAAAUUGUAGUUUUUCUUCACAUGAACUACUUUUGCACGUCAACAAAUUCCUUCUGAAAAUAAAUUGCUCAGAUUAUUAUCCAUAAUUUACAAUUUCAAAUUGGAUUUAACGUUAAAAAUAUGCAUCACUAUAAAAUCCAGAACUACUGUAUGAUGUGGCACUCAACGAUAAAGAGUUUGACGCCCAAUGUUUUUUUUUUUUUUCCCUAGAACCCAACCUCAAUUAUUCAUUGAAAAACUCACCUUGUCUGUCCUGUUUUGUGCUUGGAUCAUAACUUUGUCUACGUCGUUUAAAAGUAUGGCUUUGCGCCAUCUUGGUUGUUGUAUGUUGACAUGUGGGGAGUAGCUUCAUUUCUCUGUCCCCUAUUCACAAAUGUGAAAUGUGGGCGUGUGUGGCUAAACAAAAAGCCGAUGUACAGCACGAAUAGCGGGAGGUGAAUACACAGAUUACUUGUACCUUAAGCCAUCUAGCAGAAGAGCCUUUCAUUGUUUUGUCACUAAUUGUAGGAAAGAAUAAUAUAGGGACCAAUCAAGUGAAAUUGUAUAAUCUCCCCAAACGCACGAUGGCGUCGCAGUGAUUAGGAGCCAAUGAGGUCCAAUAGUGAGCGGUAUCAAACUUUUUCUUUCCGAGAGUCCCUUUCACAGCGACAGUUCACACAGCUGUUGCGAGUUGACAAAAACAAAAUGCUUGGCGGCAUAAACCCAACAUUACGAUUGCGUUGACACCUUGUUUCACAAAAAUAUACGAAGUUCUCACUUGAGAACUGUGGGACAAAAAAAAAAAAAAAACUAUUAGUGAAAAACAAUACCUUUCACUCUCACACAUGGCAGACGUGAACUAGCAAAAAAAAAAAAAAUAAUAAAUCCCUUUCUUCUUUUUAUAAACACCUAUGAAUGUAAAUUAGGAUCUAAACCAAAGGCAGAUGCGGGAUUUGGUUAGUCGCCGCCCCACGUGGCCCCAGUGCAAGUGGACUGUAACUGUAAACCAUGGAAAACAUCAAGUUUGGAAGUCUUUAUUCAGACAAUAUUGGAUAGAUGUUUAUGAAAUGUGGGAGCCCAAAGUGUACGGGUUUAAAAACUAAUCCAGUCAUGACCUGCUCCACUGCUGACAUUUCUAAUAUUAUAUAGCUUAAUCCAUCCAUCCUUUUUCUUAGCCGCUUAUCCUCACAGGGGUGGUGGGGAGUCCUGGAGCCUAUUCGAGCUGUCGACGGGCCGGAGGCGGGGUACACCCUGAACUGGUUGCCAGCCAAUAACAGGGCACAUAAAAACAACCACUCGUACUCAUAAUUACACCUGGGGGCAAUUAAUGUUGCAUGUUUUUGGGAUGUGGGAGAAAACUGGAGUGCCCAGAGGAAACCCACGCAAGCACGGCGAGAACAUGCAAACUCCACACAGGCGAGGCCAGGAUCAAACCCGGGUACUCAAAACUGUGGGGCUAACGCUUUCCAGCUGCUCCACCGUGCCACCAUUUCUAACAUUAUGUAGCUUAAUAUCAAAGCUAUUAUUUUACCACAGUUACAUAAACUCAUCCUAACACACCCCCAAAAAAUUGCAAAAUGAAUUCCUCAAACCUUUUUUUUCUAUUCCCUUGGGGCCCUUGCAAGGUCCUAUAGAAAUCUUUUGAUCCAGCUUUUGUAUUGGACGGGGUGUUCCUAAUGUUUUGGCCUCUUAUAGCGUUGAGGGUGACAAUGCACUAGGGUCAGUGUUGUUUGGAUGAAAAAAAGAAAUAAAUACAUCCAGAUUCGAGACUUAUUAAAGCCACUAUGUACAACAAGUGUAAAGUAAACUUAACAUGUUUGUAUUUAAAGAGUCAUUUUCAUGGACUUAAAAAAAAAACAAAAAAAAAAAACAGUACCAGUCAGUGCUAGUGCUUCAAAG